AAAAGCUGAAAUCAUUUCUUGAAGCUUACUCCAUAGCUAUAGAGCCUUUUGCACCCCCCUUUCCCAAAAUGAGCUUGGUAGAGCAUGCAGAGAUCAAAGAGCAAGACAUUGACGGGCGGACGUACCGGGUGUUAAACCAUUACAGGAUUAUUAGCAAGUUGGGCACAGGCCAGUUCGGGAAGGUUUUACUUGGAGAAGACAUUUCUGCCGCCUCACCGGUGCUGGACACUCCACGAAGUCUGACGAACCCCAAACUUGUCGCCAUCAAGUCUGUGAACCGUAUUGACAAGCGCCAGCUCUUCUACUCACAUUCUAAAGGCGUGGACACGACAACUCCUGAGAAGAUUCGGCGCGAGAUCGAAAUCAUGGUGAAGUGUGGACAGAACCAUGUGCGGCAUCCCAACAUCAUCAACUUGCUCCAGGUUGUGGAUGAUCCAAAAAUGCCAAAGAUAUACAUGGUGCUAGACUACUGCAGCAACGGCGAGCUCAAAUGGACGCCAGCACACCGCGCCACAAUCGCCCCCAAAGACGACUUGAUCACACAAGUGUUGAAAAUACACAAGGUCACCAAGGAUCUUCUCCAGGGAAUUGAGUAUCUCCACGGCCUCAACAUCAUUCACAGGGACAUUAAGCCGUCGAAUUUGCUCAUAGAUGUACAUGGAAACGUGAAGAUUGGCGAUUUUGGUGUAAGCUUGCUCCUUAAAAAUGAAAAUGAAUCAAAUAGUGCGGCACCAGACAAAAGGGCUUUGCUCAGAGAGAUAUUCCGAACUGUGGGCACGCCCGCGUUCUUUGCCCCCGAACUAUGCCAAUUCGUCAACGAUGAGUACGACUUCACUGAUGAACAGACGAUGAAACAACAACGAGAGGAGGCUUCCCCCACGAAACUCCUCCAGUCGCCUAAGAAAACGGGGGUGCGGAUGGACGUCUGGGCCCUAGGGGUCACCCUCUACUGUCUUUUCUUCAAAUCCUUGCCCUUCAAUGGCGAUAACGAGUACCAGUUAUUCAAGUCAAUCACAAAGGACAACCUCCAGUGGUACAACGAACCGCCCAAACAGUUAGUAUUGGAUGCGCACCGCCGGGUAGUAUAUUUCUACGAUGCCUUCCGCGAGUUCCUCCAGUAUACGUUAGUCAAAGAUCCCAGUGCUCGUCCGAACGUUGCCCAAUUGAAGGAACACAAUUUUGCCACAUUCAAGUUCAAAACAGAGGAGGAUAAGCUUGUGUUUCUCAGGUUUAAUGAGCAGUUCUUGCCCUCCCCGCCGCAGCCUCUGCAACCAAUAGCCCCGCCAGCACUUGCCGCGCUGGUAAUCUUGCCGGCGCCUACCCCAUCGUUUGAGCCACCGCUAUUUCCAAAGAAAGAGAAACGGUCAAAUUCGUUCAGCAAGGAGAUUGGCGACAAGUUCAGAAGUUUGGUCAGCCGGACCAAGACCUCUCAAGCAUAAGCAUUGCGCCCUACUCAAGCAUAACCCAGUUAUUUAAUCCAGCGCAAAUAUUAACCAGGAGUCAAGAUCAUAUUCACCGUCAUGACCCUUUACCAGAUAUCCAGAAAAAGUAACUGCCCUAUUCACAAUCUCUCCCUUCAUGUUACAACUAGGACCGUAUAGACGCAUGCCGAACCAUACGACGUAGUAUACUGGGAUAGCUGCAAGACCUACCAAUAUGGUGCGUAUAAUGAGACUAUAAAAGGUAUCAUUGUGCUUGGUUACUAAUAUUUUGUAGUUCCAAAAAAGUAUAGAAAAAAAU